AUGCAUAAUAAGAAGGAGGAUGAUAACUUGGAUCUUGUGCCAGAAGACUCGAACAGAAGCAGAGGGAUGGACCUGCCAGACGACGUAAGAUUUGCUCUGGAGAUGAUCAACCAAAUGGAGGUCUCCAAAAAAGAGAAUUCAAGCGCAGAGGAGUACAAAAACUCAUUGCUCUCAAGCGAGCUUCUUUCAAAAAACAGUUUUGAAGAUCUGAGCAUUCCCGAAAACAUCAUAAAAGCACUGCGAUCGCUGGAUUUCAAAAACCCCAGCGCGAUCCAGCAGAAGUCAAUACCAGAAAUAGCCAAAGGAGACGACGUAGCAUUCCAGAGCCACAGUGGAUCGGGAAAGACCAUUGCGUUCCUUGUGGGAGCUCUGUCCGUCCUGGAUAUAGAGACAAAGUGUCCGCAAAUAAUUAUUAUUACGCCCACAAGAGAUCUGAGCAAGCAAAUAUCUGCUGUGCUGGAGAAGUUCAAAGAAACAAUAGACUUCACAUCCCUGCAGGCUCUGCCUGAUAUCAUAGAAGAGAGAGCAGAACCUGAAAUAACAGAGCAGAUAAUAGUCGGAUCCCCAGGGACCAUUAAAAAAAUACUCAGAGACUUCAAAAAUAUAAACAAUGUAAAGAUGGUUAUUCUAGACGAGGCAGAUGCUCUGCUGGAGGAAGACAUGGGAGCACAGACAGUUUCAGUGGUGAACAAGAUACGAAACAAACAGCUCGUCUUGUUCAGCGCCACUUUCAGCAGCAGAAUGAAGGAGGCAAUUGCAGUGCUAUCAAAGAAAGUGAAAACAUGGUAUCUCGAAGAGUCAAGUAUCAAGCCUGCAAAUAUAACACAGUUUUACAUGGAGGUGUCUGAGAACAAAAAACAGGAAACUCUUAGAAAGCUGUACGAGCUGAUCUCUGUGGGCCAGUCUAUAAUAUUCGUGCACUCGAGAGAUAAGGCAGCAGAUGUGCAGAGAGACCUGAAGAAAGACGGAUUUGACUCGGAGCUGCUCCACGGCCAGCUGACAAAGUCCGACAGAGAUGAAGUUAUUUCGCGCUUCAAGAAAGGAGAGAUAAAAGUUCUUGUGACGACAAAUGUGCUCAGCAGAGGCCUUGAUGUGCCCCAGCUGAAUUUGGCAGUUAACUACGAUAUGCCAAAGAAAAUAACAGGAGGGCCAGACAUUGAAACAUACGUGCAUAGAAUUGGAAGAACAGGAAGAUUUAACAGAGCAGGUGUGUCCAUUACGUUCAUAACGGGGGAGAAAGACAGAAGCGAUCUGCUAGCCAUACAGAGGGCAGUGGGCUCGCAAAUAAAGUACAUCACACUUGAGGCUCUCACAAAAGCCAUAACCGAAAAACAGAAAUUAGAGGAUUCUGACGACGAAUGA